UGUGUGUGUGUGUGUGUGUGUGUGUGUGUGUGUGUGUGUGUGUGUGUGUGAUGUGUGUGUGUGUGUGUGUGUGUGUGUGAUUUGCUUCACACUGUGCUGAAUCAGGAUGAACAGCAACGCCACCGUCUCCAAGGCGCAGUCCAAGAUGCAGAUGGCAAAGGACAUGAAGGAAGAGGACAAGCUGUACAGGUACAACGGGGUGUUGUACCCGCGCCUCAUGUGCCCCGAGGAAAAUCUCCAGGCUCUGCAGAACAUCGAGGCCAGAGAGGACGACGUCAUGCUGGUGGCUUACCCCAAAUGUGGUUUUAACUGGAUGGUGGGGGUGAUGAGGAAGGUCAUUGCAGAGGCCACGGGCGUGAAAACAGAAUCCAAGAUGCCGCCGCUGAUCGAAUUCAUGGGACCGGAUGGCGUAAAGGUCCUGGAUGAGACGCCCUCUCCGAGGUUACUGGGGACUCACCUGCACCCUGACAACAUCCCCAAAUCCUUCGGUGCAAAGAAAACUAAAAUGCUGGUGAUCUUCAGGAACCCUAAAGACACUCUGGUCUCCUUCUAUCAUUUCACCAACAACAACCCGGUCCUCCCAACCAUGCAGUCCUGGGAAUCCUUCUACUCUACCUUCUUGAGUGGAGACGUUCCCUGGGGGUCGUACUUUGAUCAUGCUUUGGCCUGGGAGAAGAGGAUGGACGACCCCAACGUCAUGAUUGUCACCUAUGAAGAGCUCAAACAGGACCUGAGCGAGGGCGUGCGUCAGAUCUCCACCUUCUUCGGCUUCAGCCUGACGGAGGCUCAGGUGCAGCAGAUCGCAGAGCGGAGCACCUUUACCGCCAUGAAGGAGAACAACUCCCUCGGUACUAUGGGAAACGUCAUCUUCAGAAAAGGCGAGGUCGGGGACUGGAAGAACCACUUCACACCAGAACAGAGCCGAGAGAUGGACGACGCCUUCAACAAACACCUGGCAGGAACCAGGCUGGGAGACAAACUCAACUACCAGCUGUACUGUCAGUAGUAGUUCCCCUCUGUAAAAUCCUUUGACUCUAAUGCCAGGAUCAGACUACACAAAUUCAGCCCAACACGUCGCAGACAGACGCUUCAGCACCACGACGCAGAAUGUCAACCAUGGCCGAAAUUUUUGUCUUUUUCCGCCUAAUGUGACUAUGUUCUACCACAUGUUCCUUGACACUGACCAAUAGGAAGAGAGAGCGCUGUCUGCCUCUCUGGCGCACAUAUGUAAACGUGGCGAAAAAGGAAAGAUGCUACGGCUGCUGUCUGGUGAAGGAAAGAUACACACAGUGUCCGUAUAGGCGUUGUUUUCGCGGCAGGGACCACCCGCUUCCCAGCAUUGCACGCUAGUGGGCUAGCCACUAGCAGUUAUCUGUUGCUCUUCACAUUGACUAAUGACAAAAAAAAUUAAACACUGUCCGCCCUUCUACAACCACGAGGUUGUAGAAGGGCGGACAGUGUUUACUUUUUUGUCGUUGGUUGGCUGCACCUGAUUGGACGAAUGCUACACGUGAGGCUCCCAGAUUUUAAAACAGAUCAUAAUGGCGGCUUGAAAAACUGAACUUGCGCGUGAUCUUCAUGACAGCAUGCGAUAAUCGGUCUGGGGGCCGGUCGGUGUCAUACUUGUGUUGCCACUCUUCUGUCCAAAACACAGCAACAUUUUUGGCAAUAUGUCUGUCUAGUCUGAGAUAGUGACUGUUGGGAAAGACAACAAAAUUGUGUAGUCUGAUCCUGGCAUAACCCCUAUUUUCCACCGGGCAAGUCUGCUCUGCGUUCCAGAGGCGCCACGACCCCCGCGAGCAAUCGCAUCCAUUCAAGUCAAUGCUUGAUAUUCCACCACCGGCGUUAUGGUGCGUCCCAGAAGCGUCAACUUUUCCUGCAACGUUCUAAAACAGUUUUCCUCUUGUCACGUAUCUUUUGGUCUCCACUGGGCUUUAUGAUUUCCAAGAACUUACAAUACAAAAAACAAUUGUCUUAAUGUCAGCAUUUAAAGGUGCCGUAGGUAGGAUUGCGAAGAUCCAGGACUUAGCCAAAAAAUGUGAACAACUUCUCAGUCCCUUCCCCCUUUCCGCUAAAGCCCAAAACAGUCUCCUAAGCCCCUCCCCCCACAAGGGAGAAACCUAUCUGCAGCUGGUGUGCGGGGAAGGAGGAGGAGAGGACGCUAUGAAAUGCGUGUGCGUGAUCAGUGAUUGACACACAGUUAGACACCCCCCCCCCACCCUGGCCCUGAUUGGUGCAUCUAAACAGGGAGCAGUGGAAUUUUGCAAAUCACACUA